GCAUAGGCCAUCAGCGCAUAGGCCAUCAAUUAAGGGCUUAAGGCCAUCAGCUCCAAAAAUAGAAUUAAAGGUGCUACUUCAGUUUAGGGUUCUUCCGAGAAUUUGUUGAUUUACAAAAUUUAGGGAUUGGCAAUUAAUCCAAACAGUGUAAUAUUCAAUCAAUUUCCAGCGGAAUGAUACGAACAAUUUGAUCGAUUCACUGAAACAAUUUCCUCUUCAGAUGAUGGCAGUAAAGGAAGACAAUCGGCAGGAGGUCGAGGAGAGAGAAAUCGAUAAAAAUACCAUCAAAGACAACGGCAAUGGCAACGAUAACAGUAUAACAAUGGCGACGAUGAGUCGGAAGGAGAAGAGGAAGGCAUUGAAGAAGAUGAAGAGGAAGCUAGUGAGGAAGGAGAUUGCGAAGAAGGAGAGAGAAGAGGAGGAAGCUCGAUGGAAUGAUCCUGAAGAGCAGAUGAGAUUACUGCGGUUGGAGCAAGAGGAGGCGGAGAGCAUGGCGAGGGAGCGCAUGGAGUUUAAGGAGAGAGAGAGGCAGUUUCAUCGAGCAUUGGAGAAGGAGAAGAAGAAGCAGGAGGAGGAAGAAGAGGAGCGGUGUAAACUCGAUGAGGAAUCGAAGAAAGAGCUGGCUAAUAAUGAGAAUGCUAGUGAGGCGAAUGAAGAUGAUGAUUGGGAAUAUAUAGAAGAAGGACCAGCAGAAAUAAUAUGGAUAGGAAACGAGAUAAUUGUUAAAAAGAAAAAAAUCAGGGUGCCCAAGAAAGCUUCUGAGAUUCUAAAAGAAAAUCAGGAAAGUGAAAGACCAAUAUCAAACCCUCUUGCUCCCCAGUCUGAAGCCUUUGAAGAUUAUAGGAGUGCGAAAGAGGUUCUAGAAAGUGUUGCACAACAAUUUCCUAACUUUGGAACUGAGCAGGAUAAAGCACAUUGCCCUUUCCAUCUAAAAACUGGGGUUUGUCGCUUUGGAGCACGGUGUAGCAGAGUUCACUUCUACCCAGAUAAAGCUUGUACAAUACUGAUUAAGAAUAUGUACAAUGGUCCUGGUCUUGCUUGGAAGCAGGAUGAAGGGCUUGAGCAUACGGAUGAGGAGGUAAAGCAGAGUUUUGAAGACUUUUAUGAGGACGUUCAUACAGAAUUUUUUAAGUUUGGAGAACUUGUGAACUUCAAGGUGUGCAAAAAUGGUUCUUCCCAUUUGCGGGGUAAUUUAUAUGUGCAUUAUAAGUCAUUGGAAUCAGCUAUGCUUGCAUACCAGUCUACCAAUGGUCGAUAUUUUGCUGGGAAACUGCUGACCUGUGAAUUUAUUAAUGUGACGAGAUGGAGGGUUGUUAUUUGUGGGGAGUAUAUGAAGUCAAGGUUCAAGAGUUGUUCUCGGGGAUCAGCUUGCAAUUUUAUCCAUUGCUUCCAAAAUCCUGGUGGAGAUUAUGAAUGGGCUGACUGGGAUAAACCAGCCCCGAGGUACUGGCUUAAGAAGAUGACUGCUUUAUUUGGAUACACUGGUGACGAUUUCACAGAUGAAGUUGGUCUGAGGUACCAUUCAAGGAGAUCAAGGUCCAGGGGUUUAGACAGCCCUCAUAGGAAAAGUUUAUCUGAUGAGGAUGAUGGUUAUAAGAGUAGGCGCGGAAGGCACAGUCCGCACAGAGGAGAUGGCAGAGAGACCAGCAAUCUUGACAAGGAGAUGCAAAAAGAAAGAAGAACCUAUCUAGAUUAUCGUUGCUUUAAGCACAGUGAAAUUGAUAAUGUUGAUGUAUCAGAGGGGAUCACUGAUGGUCAUAGAUCUGUUGGCAUAAAGAGAAGAUCGAAAAAGAGGAAAAGGGAACGAGUGUCCGCAGACCAAGACAAGAAUAGAAAAGUUGAAGCUAUAAAAAUGUACCAUUCAAGGAGAUCAAGGUCUAGGGGUUUAGACAGCCCUCAUAGGAAAAGCUGUUCUAAUGAAGAUGAUGGUUACAAAAGAAGGCGUGGAAGGUACAGUCCGCGCAGAGGAGAUGACAGAGAGACCAGCAAUCUUGACAGGGAGAUGCAAGAAGAAAGAAGAACAUGUCAAGAUUCUCGUUUCGAUGUAUCAGAGGGGAGCACUGAUGGUCAGGGAUAUGUUGCUGGCACAAAGAGAAGCUCAAAAAAGAGGGAAAGAGAGAGAUUGUUUACAGACCAAGACAACAAAAGUAGAAAAGUUGAUGUUAAUUCUUCCAAAGGUGAGAUUGCAGAGGGAGGAGUAAGUGACAGAUACCAUGAACACAAGAGUAGAAGCUCAAGUAGGCAGAACGGAGUUGCAGAGUCAGCUCGUGAAUGUCGCCACAAUAAAGUUGACAAAUCUGAUGUGGGAAAGAGUCCUUAUGGAGAAAAGAAACGUGCUCGAAAGGAUGUAAGAAAAAGCUCAAGGCUACAGAAACAAUCAGGCUCUACAGACACAGAGAGUGAUGGGGAUGAUGACAGACACCAUAGACAUAGUAGACUACAAUCAAGACCCAUGAUAUAUGAUGUAGAAUCAUCAGAUGGAAAUAAGCUUGGCAGGUAUGAGAAAAGAUCCCACAAGAGUCGAAGAACAAGGUCUAGGUCCAAGUUCAAGAAAGAGUCAGAUCUUGCAGAUACGAAGAGAAAUAGAGAGAGGAUUGAUGAAGAAGAUAGGCAUUGUGGACACAGAAGUGCCCAACACCAUGUCAAGGAGCCGGGCAUGUCAGAAGUUGAUUCUAAUGCAUACAGGGGCUUAGUUGAAGUUGAUGCUGAGAAUUUUGUUUCUAUUGAUAGGUCCAUAAGUUACUGCGGUACUUGUAAUGAAACUGCAAGAUCUGAUUUCAUGAAUCCUGAUGUUCAAGGAGGGAUUUUAUGUAGAUCUAGUGACGGAGACAAGCUCCAUGAUUCAAGUAACAGGGAUUCGGCACCUGAAAGAGAACGUAUGUUACAGGUUUAUAGAAGUGAUGAGGAAGCUACUGCACCUGGAAUGGUGGCAACUAGUUUGGUGCAUACCAGCUGUAAGGGCACUGAUAAUGAAGCGAAGGGUGAGCUUGAAAAGGCUUGUCGUCUUGCUGCUUUGAAGAAGUUGGAAGAGAUCAGAAUGAAGAAAGAUACUCAGACUUUUCACUGCAGGGAGCCUAUUGAAAGUUUGAAAAUUUGCACUGAAGAAAAUAUACAUGGUAGAGUCCUGGAGAAAGCUAAUUCAAGUAAAGUGGAAGUAUGUGAAACUUCUAUAAAGAGGAGAAGGAUUUAGUUUUCAAUGAGGUCAGUAAAUCUUCAGGUUAAUAAUUUGUGCGCUUGUUUUGCCAGCCAAUAUCUGAAUAUCGGAAAGCCUUCUACAUAAUGUUGUAAAGUGUAAAGUAGAGCAAGGUAUGCUAUUGCCAUCAGAUGCCUGUCUGGAUGUUCCUGUAUUUUGCAAAUGAUGUAUCACCAUUCUUCAGGUGUAUGUCUCCAUUUAUGAUGGUUGUGUGAAGUGUUCAUUUCUUUGGAAAGUUCCUCAUCUUGUAUGUACUUCAUACACUUUAAGGGCUGUUAGACUUUUAGAUUUUGAGAUGAAAAAACAGCAAAAGGAAACAGAAAUUAUUGAGAUAGAGCAUGGAAGAAAUUUUGUUCAUUCCAAUAUGGUAAAAAAUGCCUCUGGUUAAUGUUUCUCA